UUCGUCGAUUUCAAUUAACCGCCUGGAUUCCACGCGUGCCGCCAAAGAACCCUUUUGUGCGCAACGCCGUGCGUCUUCCUUCGGGAGCCCAAAUCUUCAAAUCCCCUGCGUCUCCGCCUCCAAAUCCCCAUUCUCUGCGCUUGGAUCCGUUAAAGAAGUACAAGAAUCUUUGGUAUUGGUACGAGUUUGUGGUUAAGAGCCACCAAGAUCAUCUGCUCGUCUAUCUUGUCUUGCACCUCCUAAUGGGACGGGGAAACAUCUUGAAGCGGAGGAUGAAAGUAUUCUCUUUAGCAUUGGUGAUCUACCUGGACUACAAGGGUGUGCAGAAGAGAGUUAAAUGGCUUAGCAAAACCAAAACAAAUGCUAUAUGGGAAAAAGCUCAUGAAAGAAAUGCUAGACGUGUUCUUAAUUUGAUGAUUGAGAUGGAAGGUCUGUGGGUAAAACUGGGCCAAUAUUUAUCUACCCGAGCAGAUGUUCUUCCAGAGGCUUAUAUAUGUCUUCUCAAACAGUUGCAGGACUCUCUUCCUCCUCGGCGAUUAGAAGAGGUCUGUCAAACUAUAGAGAAUGAGCUUGGAAAAGAUAUGGGCGACAUUUUCUCUCAGUUCGUAGAGGCACCUCUUGCUACUGCAUCUAUAGCACAAGUUCAUUGUGCAACUUUGAGAAAUGGGCAGGAGGUGGUUGUCAAAGUUCAACAUAGGGGCAUCAAAGAGGUCAUAUUAGAGGACCUAAAGAAUGCAAAAUGGAUAAGUGACUGGAUAGCAUGGGCAGAACCACAAUAUGACUUCAACCCCAUGAUAGAUGAGUGGUGCAAGGAGGCACCUAAAGAACUUGAUUUCAAUCAUGAAGCAGAGAACACUAAAAGAGUUUCAAAAAACUUACGAGUCAAAAGUGAUGAUGAUAGUUUAAAAUUUGCAGAUAAGGUUGAUGUGGUGAUCCCAGAUGUUAUUCAGUCAACAGAGAAGGUUCUCAUUUUACAAUAUAUGGAUGGUAUCCGCUUGAAUGAUGUCGAAUCACUGAAUGCACUGGGUGUGAACAAACAGAAGCUUGUUGAAGAAAUUACACGUGCCUAUGCUCAUCAAAUAUAUGUUGAUGGCUUUUUCAAUGGCGAUCCUCAUCCAGGAAAUUUUCUUGUAAGCAAAGAACCUCCUCAUCGGCCUAUUUUACUUGAUUUUGGUCUUACCAAGUCAAUUUCAAGGUCUAUGAAGCAGGCACUGGCAAAAAUGUUUUUGGCAUGUGCUGAGGGGGAUCAUGUGGCUUUAUUGGCAGCCUUCGCUGAAAUGGGGCUUAAGCUGCGUGUUGAUAUGCCAGAGCAAGCAAUGAACAUUGCAACAGUAUUCUUUCGCACUUCCACACCAGCAAGUGAGGCACUUGAAAACGUAAAGACUUUGGCUGAGCAAAGAGAGAAGAACAUGAAGGUUCUUCAAGAAAAGAUGAAAAUGAACAAAAAGGAAGUCCAGCGCUUUAACCCUAUUGAUGCUUUCCCAGGAGAUGCAGUCAUUUUUGCGAGGGUAGUGAAUCUUCUUCGAGGGCUUUCAUCUACACUUGAUGUCCGUGUUGUUUAUUUCGACAUCAUGAGACCAUUUGCCGAGUCCACACUAAUAGGAAGCAUCAGCAGUGGACCAACAAGAAAUAGCCAAUGGAUUUAUGAUUCACCAAUUCAGUCUAAUGUGGAGGCCAAGUUGAGGCAGCUCCUGGUUGAGCUUGGAAACGAGAAAAUAGUCGGAAUACAAGUUUGUGCUUACAAAGAUGGAAAGGUUAUAAUAGAUACUGCCGCAGGUGUGCUAGGGAGAUAUGAUCCUCGCCCUGUUCAACCAGACACUUUGUUUCCAGUUUUCUCAGUAACUAAAGGAAUCACUGCUGGAAUGGUACAUUGGCUUGUUGAUAAGGGAGAACUCGAGCUCACAGAAACCAUAUCAAAUAUCUGGCCAGAGUUCAGCGGAAGCAAAAAUGAUAUUAAGAUUCAUCAUGUUCUUAAUCACUCAUCUGGUUUGCACAAUGCUAUGUCUGAUGUUAUGAGGAGCAACCCUUUGCUAAUGUGCGACUGGGAGGAGUCUCUGCGUCAUAUUGCUAUGUCAGUUCCCGAGACAGAUCCUGGUUCCCAGCAACUAUACCACUAUUUGUCCUUUGGAUGGCUUUGUGGUGGUGUUAUAGAGCGUGCAUCUGGGAAGAAGUUUCAACACAUUCUGGAAGAAGCAAUAAUCCACCCUCUCAAUAUUGAAGGCGAACUAUAUAUUGGUAUUCCUCCUGGUGUGGAAUCUCGGCUGGCUACACUAACCCUUGACAAAGAAGAGCUGCAAAAUCUUCUUGAGAUCAGAAGCAGGCAAGACAUGCCGUCCAGCUUACAGCAGGUUAAUUUAGCUGAGAUUGCAUCCACUCUUCCCGUACUAUUCAACACACUAAAUAUCCGACGAGCCAUAAUCCCCGCUGCUAAUGGCCAUUGCUCUGCUCGUGCCUUGGCUCGCUACUAUGCUUCGCUCGCAACAGGUGGAUUGAUUCCUCCACCUCAUUCAUCUAUGUCAAAGCCUCUCCUUGGCCACCAUGCCCAUGUUCCAACAUUUCCUUCGGCCAAGCAGUCUAAGAAGAAAUGGAAAAUCAAGGAGAUUGUUAGUGCAAACAAGCAUUCACCAAGUUCAAAUACAAACGGGAAUAAUUCGAACACUGCUAACCUUGUAGCCAAUACAGGAGACUGGAAAAAUAUUGGCAGAAUAUUUAGCAGUCCCAAGAUCCACGAUGCUUUCAUGGGGUUGGGCGAGUACUCUGACCUGGUUGUUCCAAAUGGAAAAUUCGGACUUGGGUUUCGGAAUUUCUAUACUGCAAACCGUAACCUGUCAAGUUUUGGGCACUCGGGGGUUGGCGGAUCUACUGGAUUCUGUGACAUCGAGCACAAUUUUUCCAUUGCUAUCACAGUGAACAAAAUGUCCCUAGAUGGUGUCACAAGAAGUAUAGUCCAGUUAAUUUGUUCUGAGUUGAAUAUUCCCCUGCCCGAAGAGUUUUCGAGGUUCGGGGAGAAAGGCCCCGACAUGCAGCUGCAGCUUAUCUAGUCCAGUAGCUCAGCUCAGACACUGUCUAUAUCCCUCUCUACGUCUGAAAGGUUUUCUCAUAGAUCAAAUUUCACAUGUAUGCACACUCGAAUUUCACAUAUAAUUGUGUCAAUCAUGAUUUAAGGGCGUUCGUUCAUGUGAUGUUGAAUCAGAAUAUGACAAAAUUAUCUGAACAACUAUAAUUGGGCCAAUU